GGUUGGCUCAUUCGGAACGCACUUCCUGGACGCUUGGUCUGUGACACACGCAUGUCUGCUCGUGAACUAGUCCGGUCUCGCACUUACAAUCUGAGUGAUUUGGCAAAUCAAAUCCUGGCCGAUGUCCGAUCAGAUAGUUCGGGAUCAUCCACAAGCGCGCGACGUCAAAUUCCCGCUCCCAUCAGGCAACUUUUGUGUGGUUCCACGAUUCCAACGAAAAAUGCCGGUGAAGAGGAUGCAGUUCAAUCAGUCGGUAUAGAAUUAGCGGAUCUGGAAAUUGAUUCGUUUGAUUUGCGCUGUUUGUUUGUCACAUCGGACCUAGUUCGACAACUGGUUGACUUCUGCUUGUCCGACGCGCACCUUGUGUUGCGAUUGGCUCAUCAGUUACAAGUUCUUCCUCUGGCCAUGCAAAUCACCUCGAUCUGCGGGAAUGUGCUGAGUCGUACACUAUCCGGUGGUCGAGCAGAAAGAAACGAGGCACUCUUGUUGCAUGCGUUUACCCAACGCGGUUACAUUGUUCCGGAUCCAGUCGGAAUCACCCGUCGACCUGGUCGAAAUGCCCAAAUUGACGAUUGGGAUAUUGCUGCCCAAGCAGAUCCGGCCGAGGGCGAUGGACGAACGGGUGUUAAUUCGGGACGAAGGAAACCUGCCUACACUGGUGGUUUGGUCUUGGAACCAAAGAAAGGAUUCUACGAUAAGUACAUUCUCUUACUGGAUUUCAAUUCUCUGUAUCCGUCCAUCAUUCAAGAGUUUAACAUUUGUUUCACGACCGUGGAUCGGGAACUGGUAACCGGGACCAAAGCAACGGGUGAUAAGACCGAGGAUGACAGCGAACGUCAAACCGCCGAGCCUCCGGACUUAGAUGCUAUGGUUGCUGCGCUCUUGGCUGCUGUUCAGGGAAAUAACUCAGCUGCCGGGAGCACUGGCCAUUCUCCUGAAUCUCAACUGCGACUUCCGACCGCACAAAUUCCGGGUCUGCUACCAGCUGAAAUUCGUCGUCUGGUCGAGUCUCGUCGGGAAGUAAAAAAGCUGAUUGCUGCUGCGGCCGCUCCAGGCGGUGCGCCAUCUGAUCCAGCGCAGCUGGCCCAGUGGAACACACGACAGGCCGCAUUGAAGCUAACUGCGAACAGUGUGUACGGUUGCCUUGGAUUUAAUGCUUCCCGAUUCUGUGCCCGUGGUCUGGCUGCACUGGUAACCGGAUUAGGCCGUGCGGUACUGAUGAAUACGCGGGAUUUGGUGGAGAACAUGAAUCUUGAGGUCAUCUAUGGUGAUACGGAUUCAAUUAUGGUGAACACAAAUACUACAGAUCUGUUGAUGGCACUGAGCAUUGGGGAAAAAGUCAGGCAGGAAGUGAAUAAGCACUAUCGUCUGCUUGAAUUGGAUACCGACGGAGUCUAUGCUGCCAUGUUGUUACUAGCGAAGAAGAAGUAUGCCGCACUCGCGAUUGUUAAUCCCAUUCAGUGGGCUCAAGUCUAUCGUGUCGCUCUAGCCCAAUCAAGCACAGUUCCGGCUGCUUUGCCACCUGCACCAGCCACAAAACAAGAGAUGAAAGGGUUAGAUAUAGUACGUCGAGAUUGGUCUGCAUUAGCUGUUGCAGUCGGGAAACGUUGCGUAGCUGCCUUACUCUCUGGGGAUCCAAAAGAUGUCGUGCUCGAUCGGAUUCAUGCGGACCUCACCGAGACUGCGGAACGUGUACGGUCUGGGCAAUUGCCCAUAUCCGAUUUCGUCAUCACCAAAAUGUUAACCAAAGCUCCGGAGGAAUAUGCGGAUAGCAAGAGUUUACCACACGUUCAAGUGGCUCUCCGACUCAACGGUGCUAGUCAAACAGAGUCUGGAAAAACAAAUGUAGCUAGCUCCAACCGCCGCCUCCGUGCUGGGGACACGGUGGAAUACGUCAUUUGCUCCGACGGCUCUGGUCUCGUGGCCACACAACGUGGGUAUAGCCCUACGGAGCUGACAAACAGUCCAGAAAAUUUGAAAAUCGAUGUCAAUUACUAUCUGGCACAUCAAAUUCACCCGGUUGUCAGUCGGCUAGUUGCUCCGAUCGAGGGCACUUCCCCAGCGCGUAUUGCAGAUUGUCUGGGUUUGGAUCCAACUGGCUAUCGACGACAGGUUGCCGGCGGUUUGGACGAUGAUGCAGAUGAGAAUGGCGAUCCCGCUUCGGGCUCCGGAUCUUCUGGAUUUUCGGGCGCGGGCGCUUGGUCAGAUGCAGAUCCGUUACUGUGUCCAAACUGUUCAUUUAAUCUGCUCAAUUCGGCCGAUGCUGUGCGCAUGAUUGUCAACCGUUUGAUGAUGCAAACACGUCAGCUGAUUGUGCGUUACGAACUUGGCUGGUUGAGUUGUGAAGAUCCAGCCUGUGGUCUAAUCACGCGCUCCAUUCCUUGUCCACCGGGGUCGAUUCACUCGGGCGGUGGUGAUUCGGACGGAUUGUGGGCUCGUGGUGGUCGUCCUCUCUGUCCUGCCUGUGGUGGACAAGCGUUACUCAAAGCACGUUAUCCGGAAAGUCGAUUGUAUCGGCAAUUGUGUUUCUUCCGAUAUUUGAUCAGCCCGAACACGGCGGCGUCGGAAACGGAAGGUCCCAGCAACCCAGCGAUUGGUCGUUACUUGAAAACUUGUCGCCAGCAUUUGGACCGCCUGUUGUCGCAUUCCGCAUUCGCAAUGGUCGAUUUGAGUCACUACGAUUUCCAAGCCCUGACUGCAUCGCCAUGGGUAAAGCAAUAUCGGUCUAUGUGUGCGGAAUUCGGACGGAAUGUGAUGUUUUCACCAGAAAAUGAUGCGGGUAUUUUUAGCUACCCCAUAUCCACUGACACUUGUCAGGCUUCUCAGAAGCCGGUCGCCAAUACUGCCCACUCGAAUUCUGUUGGACACCGAGUGGUUUCAUUUCUCCGCGGUGCCUUUCGACGAACUUCAGAUGGAACCGUUAACGAGCUUGGAUCAAUCCAAACUGGAAAACCCAGCGCUAGCACAAAAUAUACUAAAAAAAUGGAAUGUUUGUUAAGUCAGAAAAGUUGGAGAACCGGGACCAUUUGGAUAGGGCGACGAAGAGACAGUCGUGCUAAUACUAAGUUUUCAAAAACCGAUCCUACUCUCACCACGAGCAAGCAACUGCUCGCGAUACGUCAUUCCGGAAGCCGUUCGGUGGACCAUUACAAGAAGCGAAUUAGCCCCCCGGUGCAUCGUUCACGUGAGACAGCUUCAGCCCCAUUGGAUCAGUCCAAUUCGCAGAAUUCCACGCCCACUCCACGUCCUUCGGCCUUAGUGACCGGUCGUUCUAGCAGUGACAGGUCACGUGAAGGUGCGGCUAAACGCACAAGAUUUUCUUUGCAUCCCUCCACUUGUAAUGCACCACCAGAUCUAAUCAGACCUCGUCGUGAGAGUGAAGAUGCGGGUAACUCACUAUCCUCUUUGAUGGAUAACUCUGUAAGAUCCGGUAAAACAAAUCCAUCGAUGGACUCAUCCGAAGAUGUAAUCAAACGAGGUGAACCACUGGGAUCCUCCACUUCCAAAAGUGAUGGUGAUGUUGGAAGCUGUACAAUAGAAACAGAAAAGCGAAUGCUAAAUUCCAAGUCACAGUCCGUAUUACGGGGAUCAAGUCAUAAAGACUAUGGAAAGUCAAUCAUACAUGUACAAUCCAUUGAUCAAAGAUCGCCAGUUAAGUUCGGCUUUAGAAGUUCUGAGCGUAUAAGUCAAGCCAUUCCACGAAAAGGAGUAGCAGAAAAGACGGGCCCAGACAUUUUUCAAAUCCGCUCGGCUCUUCUGACCUCGAAUCAGAAACGGUCGGAUUCUUCGUCACAACCACCAACCACUCCCGUGGUUACAGUCACUCCAAUGGCAAAAAUUUUGCCUCGAAGAACGGGCAGUUCUUUAACCACCCCCGAACGGAAACAUGUAACUUUCGAAGCACCGGUCUGUUAUUCUUUACCUUCUACGCCGAUCCGCCGAAUUGUCUCGGCCGUGCCGUUGCCUACGUCGGACGCCGAAGAAAACCGAAAGACUCGGAUCGACAAAUUCGGAUGCACAGUUCGCCAUUCUUCGGAUAGCAGUGAUCAACGGUUGCGGGAAGGUAUGACAACUGAAAUACCCACGAACAUUGUGACUCCGAGUGGCGAAAGUGCAGACAAACCCCCAAAACCGAGUACAGAUCGAAAUUCCCAGCUGCCACUCAUGGUAAAAAAAACGGAUAGCAAAACAACUAAUGUGGCCAAGCGUCGUGUUUGUCGAUUCCGACGCUAUCGGAGGUUGAUUGCCGAUUUGAACCAGAUCUAUCGAAACUAUGCGGCUCCGUACGAUUUGACCAGGGAACUCAUGGACGAUAUUUGUCAGACUGAAGUAACACAUAUUGCUCGUUCAUUGGUGAAUGAGAAACUGAAAGUGAAUAAGCCGACCCCCCAUGUCGUUGGGACUCCAGCAAACCUCACUUCGAACAGAUCCAAGAAUGAGGACAAGCAAAAACUUGCCGGGUUGCGGAACCAAGAAGGGUCUUGUUCGAUUUCUAAGUCUUAUAUCGAUAAACGUGUGGGAGAUAAAGGAUUGACCGAAUGUGAAACUGUGCCAGAUUUAAACGAACGGUUUGAACUGAAACCUGAAAACCAGAUUGUGGAAGCCAAUCACUUGAGCCCGUUACCAUUCAGUAAAACACACAAAACUCGUGAACGGUCAAAUAUGAAAGAAUCGUUGGAUAUGUUUCCCACCAAGGAUUCAACGGAUUCGACCACACGUAAUGUACACAUCAUGCCAAGUCAGAUUCCAUUACCGCGAGAAUUCAGUUCCGUGCAUAGCAGUACAGGUGCACAUUCCAAACGCAGUGCCAGCGGAUCGUAUACAUCGGAAGGCGUUGAACAAAGAGAGCCGAGGCAGAAACAAAAACCCGCCUUGGUCAGUCCCCUGAACCGACGGUAUUCAGUACAUCAGGUCACAUUUGAGUCGGAAGAAGCACAUGAUUUGGAUUUGCGUUCGAUGCGAUUAACCGAAACCAUGGAAGAUCAUUUCUCAUCCGAGAUGGAAUUUUCCGAUGAACAUAAUAUUGCCCGACCAGAAAUUCGUCUGAGUCGGUUAUUACACAAUUCAGCAUGCGGACCAAAAGGUAGCUCAACCAAAACAGAACAACCAUUAAGUUUGAUUUGUCACAGCACUCAAACUGUUCAGUCCGAUAAGGCGUUGAACAAACCCCAGAUACAUGUCACUCUGUUGAACAGUGUCAUUGAACCAAACUGUCCUGUUGAACGGCCAAUUCAGACCCUGCCGACUAAUCCCACAACACACGUUUUCAGUUUAGGUCCGAAUGAGAAGAACAAUGUGGCCGUGGGAACACAUUCAGCGGAUAAUAGUUUUUUGACGGAGUCUGUUGAGGACAAUUCAGAUCGGCGGAAAACGACCGAAUCGGAUGAAACAUCGGCCACGCAUUUAUGGAAUCAGAUUCAUCAAUCCUUAAUCGAAUUGAGUUCACUUUCUGAAGAACGCUUACAAGCUGCACCAGAGCAUGCCACUGCAACAGUUCGUUUGGAACAGGCUUUGUCAUCGAUAGCUCGCUCAGAUACGGUUGAUUCUUUGUCUCCUUGUCUUUCACGAGUGGGUCCGUCCAUGAAUUACGACGUGACGGGGAUCAGCGAACCUAGUAUCAGCACCAUCAGUAUACCGGACGACAUAAGUAGUGCCCCUUGGACCAGAGCACGCAUUGUGGUGCUUCGAGAUGCGGCAAAUGCAGCUACUGCGGACUCCACACCUUCAGCGGUACUUGUCCGUUGUGAGAUGACGCAUGCAUCUUGUCAAACAGAGAUCAGUUCGGUUCAAGUGGAGUCUGAAUUUUUAAACAAGACAUGGUCGCCGAAAUCAACUGACACGGGACGCAUCGUCUCGUGUCCUUGUCAUAUUAGCCGUCCGGCAUCCAGUUGCACACAGGCUGCUGUUCAAACAGAAAUGGAACUAACCAGGCUUACUCCGGGCCCAAAAGAGAACAAUAUUCCAGUCACUCGUGCGCAAGGAGAAAAUCCAUGGCCGCAUAAUUCGGAUCGCUGUAAUCAAAUUAGUGGUUCGCUGAUAAAAGAGCCUUUGAAGUCGCCCGUUCCUGGAGAGUCUGUACCCCAAGUGCGUGAUGUGGGUGAUUGUGCUCAGAGACGGUCGUCAAUUUGGGAAUCGCCUUCGGAAAUUAGAAGCAAAUCGAAAUCAUCCGUCGCAUCGAGUGACUCGUUUGGUACCUUUCCCCGAUGUCCAGUAGACGCUCAGACUCGUUUGCAAAAAUACGGCACUUAUACACCAUCCUCAGCCUCGCAUCCCCCAAAAGUUAGACAUACUUUAACCAGGCAUGUACCGUUGACUUACUCUGAACGAGCGGCUGGAAAAUCUGAUCGAAUAUGGCUUCGUCGUCAUCAGUUGGAUAUGGACGCAAGCAGUGGAGAUAGUCGCGUGACAAACACUAUACCGUCCUAUCGGAAGUCCAACGUGCAUCCGGCCGCUUUUCGGGGCCGUAUCAAUUCACAGAACCAUUUGAGACGUCGGUUCCGCGAUCUGGAUUCCGACAUGAGCGAUGCAGAUGCGAGUUCCUCGGUCAGUUCCCCGAGACACACUUUUCCAAGUCGAGGACGAGGAGGAGUGCGUACGAUCACUAGUAAAUCUAUAUCACAGCCACCCACAUUCGAGCUUGUCCGUUUGGAAGAGCGUCGUUCACGCAUGCCAUUUCUACCAGUACGAUCCGGUGUGCGACAAAUUAGUCCAAUUCGGUCCAGCCCACAAGAACGAAAAACUAGACAUGCUUUGCUGAUGGAGUUACGUGAGAUGAAAAGACAAUACUCGGCACCUCAUAUCUAUCGUUCGAUCAGUACACAUCGUUCGUCCGUAAGCAGUUCACCUCAUUGUGUAAGUCGAGCCUAUCCAUUUCACACUCCACCAGCGAAUGUUCUGACCAAGAAACAUGGCUCUUCCAACAAAUGGGAACUGGAAUCCACACGUACAGAAAGUGAAUCUGGGACAUUUCGUGCAACACGUUCCCUGUGGAUUUCAACCCCCCAUUUGGAAUCGCACUCGGACGCAACAUGUCCUAAACGAGUGCCAAAAAGAACCACACGAACCGAAACCAGUCGACUACAAUCUACCGGUCCACAAACCGUGGCCAAAUCCGGCACGACUGUCGCAUGGCAACGGGAAUCCGUUCGGCGAAGCAACCCUGGCCUUAGUCGUACUAAUAAGAAUUCACGUAAACCCGUACUGUUUUAUAAUCCGAUGCUAGAGCGACGGCCAAUUGAUGACAAUCUUUUGCGUCACACGUUUGCCUCGUUACAAAAAGUUCGCACCAAAGUACAUCGCGUCGUUCCACCAACUGUCAACGGUCGGCCACCUAUGAUAUUCAAACGCUAG